UUGUCUGCUGUGCUCGCCCCUCCAUUGGUGGCACUGGCUUUGUCCUUCGACUUCGACUUGAAGGAGAAGCGUUUGAUGAGUCGUCGGGAGAAGCUGCCGGACUUCUUACGCACGAUGGGGCCAGAGGCAGAGGAGGGAGAGACACUGGUCAGGUUGGAGAGGUCCUCGUGGGAUUGGCUGAAGGUUGGGUCCUUUUUUCGGUGUCUUGUACGGAAUAGUAGCUUGGUUCCGCUGCGGAGGAAGCCCACUAGAAGAGAGUAAUUGAGACAGGAGUUACGUCAUGGUGUAUUAUGGUGAUUUGGAAAAUACAAUAUCGAUAUUGCAGUUUACAUCAAUACCGUCAAUUUAUAUCAAAACAUUUACAUAUUAAUUUACAUCCAUAUGCAAUUAUCCUCAUAAGAUGAUGCAAACCACAACACAAUUUCCUCUUAUCGUAUUUUCUUGAUUCUAUAAAAUGCUAUACAUUUCCAGAGAGAAGUACUCGGGACAGCCAGAGUAUCUCUCCAUAGAGAUAGAUGGAGUAGAAUUGGUCUAAAGCAGGGCUCUGGCUGUCUGUACCUUUAUGGUCUUUGAGGCUGCGUGUCUCCAUGGCCCCAGUGGAGCCCGUUUCUGACUCCACGUCAUCGACAGACGGCCGCUCAGACACAUCCGAGGGCGUGGUCUCGUCUGCUUCCUGAUGUUGCCCCGCCCCAUAGUGGUUGGAGGCUCCCCCUCCCUGCAGGGCAGCAUCCAUGGCUGCAGCGUAGCCACAAGACAGGCCAUAGUCGUCCUCCGAGAUUGGGACCUGAGGUAUUCAAUUCAUUUCAAUUCACACACAGGAGACAGACACUGAGGCCCAAAUUACAGUACUUCUAUUUGAGCCUAAUGAAACUAAUGUCCUACAUGAUUACAAAACCUAAAUGUAACAAUAUGUAUAUACAGUAUGUACACAAUAUAUUUAUUCCUAGCUACUCCAGCACCAAACCCUUCAGCGCAGUGUGUUGUGAGAUUGGCAGAGAACAGCUAGCUGCUCUAGAUUCUAAUUCUAUGGUUUGGACACCACUGUUAGGUUCUUACCUUUGACACGCCAGAGAUGAUGAGGGUGCUCCGUUUAGUGGGAGUCUUCUUGGACACCUUGCUGGCGUUCUCUGUCAGCUGUCUUAUGGCCGUGUCAGCCACCGGGUCCAGCCCAUUGGAAAGGGGACUGUCAGCUAGACACAAACAGUCACAAACACAGUCACAAAACAGUAGUCAUAUACAGUGGUUCCUCAAUUAAAAGUUGAGGUUAUACCGUGGCACAUUUGUGGUAGACUGUGGCAGAUCGUGGUAGACUGCGUCAUUGCGCCACACCAUCGCAAGGGGGAGUUAGAAUGCUGAUUUGCUUUUGGUUUCGCUCCUCUCUCUUCUAAACAAACAAACAAAUUAAAUAGUGCAGUCAGAUUUAACAUGUUAAAUUAAUAAGCACGAAUAAUAAUAUUUUUUUUAAUGGAGAAAGUUUCUAUUGUGACGAUAAGAUGUGGGCAGUAGACAAAAGAAAAACAGAAAUAAUUUUAAAAUAACAAACUGGCUUUAUUUACCACAGUGUGGAAAGAGUGAUAGCCCCUAGUUUAUAUAAAGUGAGUUUCUGAAACACUAGAGUCAUUCUUUGCUGAUGUGAAGAAGAAACUGAAUGAAAGAGUACAGGGAGGAAAAACUGACAGGCAAGUCGUCUGUAUGGGCCUCAUUUACUAGUUUAUUUAGGCUAUUACACUGAACAAAAAUAUAAACACAACAUGUAAAGUGUUGGUCACAUGUUUUUAAUGAGCUCAAAUAAGAAGAUCCCAGACAUUUUCCAUACGCACAAAAAGCUUAUUUCUCUCUAUUUUUAUGAACAAAUUUGUUUACAUCCCUGUUAGUGAGCAUUUCUACUUUGCCAAGAUAAUCCAUCCACCUGACAGGUGUGGCAUAUCAAGAAGCUGAUUAAACAGCAUUACACAGGUGCACCUUGUGAUGGGGACAAUAAAAGGUCACUCUAAAAUGUGCAGUUUUGUCACACAACACAAUGCCAUAGAUGUCUCAAGGUUUGAGGGAGAGUGCAGGAAUGUCCACCACAGCUGUUACCAGAGAAUUUAAUGUUAAUUGCUCUACCAUAAGCCGCCUCCAACGCCAUUUUAGAGAAUUUGGCAGUACGUCCACUCGGCCUCACAACCGCUGACCACGUGUAACCACGCCAGCCCAGGACCUCCACAUACGGCUUCUUCACCUGCGGGAUCGUCUGAGACCAGCCACCCGGACAGCUGAUGAAACUGUGGGUUUGCACAACUGAUGAAGUUCUGCAAAACUGUCAGAAACCAUCUCAGGGAAGCUCAUCAGCGUGCUCGUCAUCCUCACCAUGGUCUAGAGCUGACUGCAGUUUUGCGUCGUAAUCGACUUCAGCGGGCAAAUGCUCACCUUCGAUGGCCUCAUAUUUCAGUAUGAUAAUGCACGGCCCCAUGUCUCAAGGAUUUGUACACAAUUCCUGGAUGCUGAAAAUGUCCCAAUUCUUCCAUGGCCUGAAUACUCACCAGACAUUACAACCAUUGAGCAUGUUUGGGAUGCUCUGGAUCAACAUGUACGACAGCGUGUUCCAGUUCCCGCUAAUAUCCAGCAACUUCACACAGCCAUUGAAGAGGAGUGGGACAACAUUCCACAGGCCACAAUCAACAUCCUGAUCAACUCUAUGCGAAGGAGAUGUGUUGCGCUGCAUGAGGCAAAUGUUGGUCACACCAGAUAUUGACUUGUUUUCUGAUCCACGCCCCUACUUUAAAAAAAAGGUAUCUGUGACCAACAGAUGCAUAUCUGUAUUCCCAGUCAUGUGAAAUCCAUAGAUUAGGGCCUAAUUUAUUUAUUUAAAUUGACUGAUUUCCUUAUUAACUGUAACUCAGUAAAAUCUUUGAAAUUGUUGUUUUAUAUUUUUGUUCAGUGUAAUUUAUUUGAUUAGGCUUGGCCUAUUUAGUAGGCUAUUUUGCAGCAUAAAGCUAAAUUUGCCGUUGAUUUCUUAAGAGUUUGUUCACUUUAUCCCUGACCAUCUUGAAGAUGCUGAGUGUAGCAGAAGAAAGGUAGAACUGCACACUCUGCACAAUGUAUUGCUUCAGGUUCAAGCCAUCUUGCCUUUGUUUCCACUCCAGUCACAUGAUGAAAGGGUUGGCGCGAAUUGCAAGUAGCCUAACGGGGGUGAGGUGUGAGAAAUCAGCUCAUCCACUCAGCCAGGCAAACCCAAACAGUAUUAUUGUUUUUCACACUCCACAUUUGUGUGACAAAGGAUAAAUAAGGGUAAUCAUUUAGCCGCAUUAGCCUGGCCUAUGUGUGAAAAAUCCUUUGACACAUGACAUUCAGGGCUUCCCGCUUGCCCAGUAACAUCUACCAAGCUUACUGGGCCAGUUAAUCAAGCUUUCAUAUGGCCUGCUUGGCCCAGUACAUUUUCAAACUCCAAAACAGAAAGAAAAAACAUACAUAUUUGUAUUAAAUCCUUGACAAUCUUCCCGAUGUCUGACCAGUUUUUUAUGAGCAUUACUUUAUUUCACCAUAUUAACGUCAUAGUCAACAUAGCUACAUUUUAGUCAUUUAGCAGACACUCUUAUCCAGAGCGACUUACAGUUAGUGAGUGCAUACAUUAUUUGUUAUUUUAUUUUUCAUACUGGCCCCCCGUGGGAAUCGAACCCACAACCCUGGCGUUGCAAACGCCAUGCUCUACCAACUGAGCUACAUCCCUGCCGGCCAUUCCCUCCCCUACCCUGGGCCAAUUGUGCGCCACCUAAUGGGUCUCCCAGUCGCGGCCGGCUACGACCGAGCCUGGAUUUGAACCAGGAUCUCUAGUGGCACAGCGAUGCAGUGCCUUAGACCACUGCGCCACUCGGGAGGCACAGUGGCUACUAGAAGUAAUGCAUUAGUAAACCCGCUACAAUUAUGCAGUACAGUCAGCAGCAAGCACUGGCAAUAAAUUAAUAAAACCAAAAGCUUACCUUGAUUUGGAAGAGUUCCAGUGUUGGAUAGCCAUAGCCAGCUAACUAGCUAACAUAGCAUCCCUCUCUGUUUGAGUAGGCUAAACUAGCUAGCUGAAAGUGAAAAAAUGACAACUAAAUAUAGCUCUCUCUCCUCUCUUUCUUGCUUCUCCUUAAUUUUUAAAGAAAUUAAUUUGUUAAAAACGGUUCAACUAUUGUCUUUCUCUCUCUUUGAGUCAACUACUCACCACAUUUUAUGCACUGCAGUGCUAGCUAGCUGUAGCUUAUGCUUCAGUCCUAGAUUAAUUCUCUGAUCCUUUGAUUGGGUGGACAACAUGUCAGUUCAUGUUGCAAGAGCUCUGAAAGGUUGGAGGACAUCCUACGGAAGUUGUCACAAUUACUGUGUAAGUCUAUGGAAGGGGGUGAGAACCAUGAGCCUCCUAGAUUUUGUAUUGAAGUCAAUGUACCCAGAGGAGGACGGAAACUAGCUGUCCUCCGGCUACACCAUGGUGCUACCCUACAGAGUGCUGUUGAGGCUACACUGUAGACCUUCAUUGCAAAAAAGUGUGUUUUAAUCAAUUAUUUGGUGACGUGAAUAUAUUUGGUAUAGUUUUAUCUAAAAAAUUAUAACUUUUUUAAUGUUUCACUGUUCAGAUUUUUCUGAAAUUCACUGAAGAGAAUGGUCCUCCCCUUCCUCCUCUGAGGAGCCUCCACUGCGUCUGACGCUUCACACUUGUUAUCAACCAGCAUUCCCUCUCCGUCUCGAGUGAGCCCCGCCUCAGUAGGCCACGUCCUGGAUACUCGCACCAGACCAGUCUCAGCAGAAAAAAAAACAGAUUAGAUCCAAAAGCUGUUUAUUUAUCAGCUGAAUAUCAACUGUCAGGUGGCAAGAGCACACAACUCCUCACACAGCUGAUUGCUGCGCAGAAAGAAAUAUGAUCUAAUAAGCAGACCCGGCACCAGGAUAAAGUGACUAAGGGGGCGAGGGGUCUACAUUUUUUGGGGUUCUUGCAUUGGAAUUAUAUUGAAUUCUGCUUAUAUAAUCACGCUAUACUACAAUAAACACAAUUUAAAUGCAGAGACUCCGAGAUCAUUGAGUGCUUUUGAUCUCUGCUGCGCUGUAUCAGCACAAUGGAUAGUACCCUACAGCUAGGCCGUUUUGGUGGUGAAUAUAAGCUAAAAGAUAGGUCAAUUCACCUAUUACAAAGCCUAUGUGAAUGCAGCCGUACACACAGCUGUCUUACCAAAAGAAUGCAAACUAAAUGCUGAAAGUAGUAGCCUAGUUAUUCAUGCAGUCAAACAAAAAUACUGAAUAGCAGUUAGGCUUAGAAUACCAACACAACUGCAAACAGAACAAAACAGCGGUACCAAGUAUUUGUAUUUAUUAUGGAUCCCCUACUCUUCCUGGUGUCCAGCACAAUUAAGGCAGUUAUACAUUUUAAAAACAUUACAAUACAUUCAUAACAGAUUUCAUAACAUAUUAGAGGGCGGCAGGUAGCUUAGUGGUUAAGAGCGUUGUGCCAGUAACCGAAAGGUCGCUGGUUCUAAUCCCCGAGCCGACUAGGUGAAAAAUCUGUCGAUGUGCCCUUGAGCAAGGCUCUUAACCCUAAUUGCUCCUGUAAGUCGCUCUGGAUAAGAGCGUCUGCUAAAUGACCAUUUAUUAUAAUUAUUAUUAUAUUAUAUUAAGUGUGCCCCCUCAGGCCUCUACUCUACUACCACAUAUCUAUAACACAAAAUCCAUGUGUAUGUGUGUGUAUAGUGUGUAUGUUAUCGUGUGUUUGUAUGCAUGCGUCUAUGACUGUGUUGCUUCACAGUAGUAGGCCUUGUAAAUAAAAUAUCAGCACCCUGCAGCUUCCUCAGCACCCCUACUUCCCGCAGCUAUGCUGAGGGGGCUAAGCCCCGUUUAGCCCCCUCAUCGAGCCGUGCCUCUAAUAAGCCCAGUCAUUGCGCAACAUUCCUAAAUGCAAUCUCGGGAAAAUACAUCAGUGUUGAUGGCAAUUAUUGAAAAGAGCUGGAUCCCAUCUUUUCAAUUCUGUAUUAUUUAUUUCUCAACUACAAUUAUUGCGCAACUGGCAGCGUUUUACAAUCUUGAGUGUCUGGCAUGACAAUAAAAAAAGCAAUAUGUUACUGGGCUAAUUUCUGGAGGGGAAUAUUACAUUUGAAACAGUUUAAAAUAGGCUAUAUGUUAUCAUUGAGAGGGGAGAUGGUUUUAUUUUUAGUUUUCUGAACAAUCAGUAUAAAUAUCUGAUCUUAUGGUUGGUUAUAAUAUAAGGUUCUUGCCCAGACUGCAAAUGAACCAUGAAAUCACCCACGAUAUAUAUUCUGUGUGCAUAACUUGCUUUCCUGUGAUCUUGGCCCGGGCCAGUCAUUUUCUCAAUCGGGACAGUAGUUUUCACUUGGUACUGGCCGUGUCCCAGUGCGUCACUGGCAAAUGUACCUGGAUGUCAAGCCCUGGACUGGUACCCAGGCUAACUACCUUCCAUUUUUGAAGACAUUUAUUUUCAUUGUUAGAGCGGCCACUUGAGAUCUUAUGAGUUGAAAUUAAGCAAAUAAAACGUAUAAUAGGUCAUGAUUUAUAUAUAUCAAAUAGAUAGAAGCAUCUACAGUAUUUUUUCAUCAUCAUCUUAGCAAAGAGCAAUUUCUCAAGCAAUAAUUUUGCUAGGACUGUCUGAGAGUGGUCUUUGGGGAGGGGGAAACUGAAAACUAGCUGUUAUUGUUAUUGGCAGAGAGGUUGGGAACUCUCUUUCUUAUUGGUCUCUCAACUAAUUUACCGCCUGGUGAUGUCACUGGGCCUUUAAUAAAAUAAUUAUACAAAAUAUUCUGUUUCAAAAUGCAGAUGUUUAUUUAAACUAGCUGUCCUCCGGCUACACCAUGGUGCUACCCUACAGAGUGCUGUUGAGGCUACACUGUAGACCUUCAUUGCUGUUCAAGCUGUUUAUUUAUCAGCUGAAUAUCAAAAAUCGGAGUAAUUUACAGUACUGUAUGUACAUUGUCCCACAGUCCUACAUUUUAGUUGCAUUUCCCCCCAGCUCCACGACCACGGGUGAAACUUUGCUGAGAUGAUCAAUGUAUUUGUUACGACUGCAUCGUCAGUUUCUCGAGCCAAAAUGUCUUGAUGGCCUUCACAAGUCCAUCUUAGCUUGUAAGUUUGGCAGCUGUACGGAUGUAUUAGUAUUAUUAUUAUUUAUAUAUAUUUUAUGCCAAACAAGUUCUAUUAGGUUCAAAUCAGGAGACCUAAAGUAAAAAAAACAAAAAAACACUUAGAUAUACUGUAGGCCUACAGUCGAUUUUAUUACACAGUAGGCCUACCCAUUGAUGGUGUAUGUAUUUCUUUGUUGAAAAUGCACCGAAACCCAAAUAAUAUAAUAUGCCAUUUAGCAGACGCUUUUAUCCAAAGCGACUUACAAUCAUGUGUGCAUACAUUUUUACGUAUGGGUGGUCCUGGGGAUCGAACCCACUACCCUGGCGUUACAAGGUUCUGGUUCAUUUUCAAGUCCUCUGGUGGUUAGAGUCCUAACCCUGGAAUGGGUAGCAAUGUAGAAAGAAGCUGGUUUGCUGAAAACUAUGUCCAUUCUGUGUUUUGGGCAGGGUGAGGAGGACUGGAAAGGUGUGACUCCAGGUUACAAUAGGCCAUAAGUAUACAGCACUCCCACUGUCCUCACUUUGAUUAUACUGUAGCACUUAGCACCAUGACCAGGAUCUCUUUAAUUGAGCAGAUUAGGGCAUUCAGGAGGAACGGAAAAUCUACUGGAGACAUUUAAAAAAUACUGUUAGACUUGGGGAUUACGGUCACAGACAGUGCUAUUCGAAAACACUAUCGUCAGAUGCCUGUGUUACGCCAAACGGGAAAGCCCAGGAAAAUCUACUGACCCAGUCUGUAAUACAUACAUGUUUCAAGCAGACCACCAUAGUCCCUGUGCCCAAGAAUGCUAAGGUAACCUGCCUAAAUGACUAUCACCCCGUAGCCCUCACAUCUGUAGCCGUGAAAUUAUUUUUAAAAGGCUGAUCAUGGCUCACAUCAACACUAUUAUCCCAGACACCCUUGACCCACACCAAUUCGCAUACCGCCCCAAGAGAUCCGCAGAUUACGUAAUCUCUAUUGCACUCCACACUGCCCUCUCCCACAUGGACAAGAGGAACACCUAUGUUAAAAUUCUGUUCAUUGAAUAUAGCUCAGAGUUCAACACCAUAGUGCCCUCCAAGCUCAUCACUACGCUAAGGACCCUGGGACUAAACACCUCCCUCUGCAACUGGAUCCUUGACUUCCUGACGGGCCACCACCCAGGUGGUGAGGGUAGGCAACAACACAUCCAACGGUGGUAGGCUGAUCACAGACAAUGAUGAGACAGCCUAUAGGGUGGUGCCAGGACAACAACCUCUCUCUCAACGUCAGCAAGACAAAGGACCUAAUCGUGGACAACAGGAAAUGGAGGGACAAGCACGCCCCCAUUCACAUCAACACGGCUGUAGUGGAGCGGGUCGCGAGCUUCAAGUUCCUCGGUGUCCACAUCUCUAAGGAUCUAUCAUGGUCCAAACACACCAACAUGGUCGUAAAGAGGGCACGACAACGCCUCUUCCCCCCUCAGGAGGCUGAAAAGAUUUGGAAUAGGCCCUCAGAUCCUCAAAUAGCUUUACAGCUGCACCAUUGCGAGCAUCUUGACUGGCUGCAUCACCACUUGGUAUGGCAACUGAUUGGCAUCCGACCGCAAUUCGCUACAGAGGGCAGUGCGUACGGCCCAGUAUAUCACUGGGGCCGAGCUCUCUGCCAUCCAGGACCUCUAUACCAGGCGGUGUCAGAGGAAGGCCCUAAAAUUGUCAAAGACUCCAGCCACCCUACUCAUAGACUGUUCUCUCUACUACUGCACGGCAAGCGGUACCAAUGCACCAAAUCUGGAAGCAACAGGACCCUGAACAGCUUCUACCCCCAAGCCAUAAGACUGCUAAAUAGUUAACCAAAUAGCUACCGGGACUAACUAUUUAACAAUCUGCAUUGACCCUUUUUGCACAAACUUUGUUUGACUCAUCACAUACAGCUAGUGUUUAUUAUCUAUCCUGUUGCCUAGUCACUUUAUUCCUAGUUAUCUGUACAUAUCCAUCUCAAAUACCUCGUACCCCUGCACAUUGACUCGGUACUGGUACCCUGUGUACACGUCCCUCCGUGUAGCUCAGUUGGUAGAGCAUGGCGCUUGCAACGCCAGGGUUGUGGGUUCGAUUCUCACGGGGGGCCAGUAUGAAAAUGUAUGCACUCACUAACUGUAAGUCGCUCUGGAUAAGAGCGUCUGCUAAAUGACUCAAAUGUAAAAUGUAUAUAGCUAAGUUAUCGUUACUCAUUGUGUAUUUAUAUAUUACUUUUAUUAUUUCUCUAUAAUCUCUCGCUCUGCAUUGUUGGGAAGGGCCCGUAAGUAAGCAUUUCACUAUUAGUCUACACCUGUAGUUUACAAAGCAUGUGACGAAUACAUUUUGAUUUGAUUUGAUGAACAGGUACAGUAGGGUACAGUAGGCCUAAUAAUGCAAAGAAAUAUGUUUAAAGAAAUCUACUGCUAUCUUUACUGUAUGCUGCACAUUUCUAUAUUGCUUUUGCAGCAAGACUAUUCAAGCCCUCUACUCACUGAUGGAUGAAGAUGAUGAGCGAUCAGUGAAGGUGAUCAGGAAUCUACUGGCAUCAUGGCACAACGUCAACAUCGCUUUAAUCACAGUGAGAAGACAGUUGAAGAAACUUGAGUGGAAAGGCUUGGUAAGAAAAAUUAUGUUUUUGUGAAGGCCAUGUAGGCUAAUAUAAUAUAUUAUAUAACGCUACCUAUUAUAUAUAUAUAUAUAUAUAUAUAUAUAUAUAUAUUUUUUAUAUUUUUUUUAUUUUUUUACAGAACAUGAAAUGUGUAUUCUCUUGUUGUGUACUGUAAUUUCAUUCUGGGCUCUGGGCAGUAUCAUUCCGCUCAUCUGAUGAAGUUGCACAUGGAGCAGAUUCAAACUUUGAAGACCCGAGAUCGAGUCAUUAAAGGGAGACCAGCAGAAAGAGAAACAUUCUAUGAGGGCAGAGAUACGGGCGACAGCUGAUGCAUUGGUCCAGAGCCAGGCGGCAUUGACUGAACGCAAGGCUGUAUUGGUGGAGAGUUAGGUGGAGAAUGACUCGCUGAAGAGGGCGAGGGACGAGAUGGAGUCACAAUCCAUGCCAGGCACACCUGUGCUAGAACUCCACCUCCAACAGGCAGAGGCAACUACCAUGGCUGGUUUGUCAGAUCGUCGGUUCACCCUGAUAUUUCCAUUCCUCUUCUGACACCAGAACUUGACGAACUGCUGACCAAGCACAGCAAGGGCCGUCCUUACCGUUAUGCUAUUCCAAGAAUGUGUAACUGA